AGAAGAAGACAUCCCGACAAAUCUCAAAACGGUGGGAAGCUGCCUGCAUCAUCCGCCAACCGGGCCAGGAACUGCUUAGAAGAACUUGAGAAAAAUGGCGUUCACAUUCGCGGCCUUUUGUUAUAUGCUUGCUCUGCUGCUCACUGCGGCGCUUAUCUUUUUCGCUAUCUGGCACAUAAUAGCAUUUGAUGAGCUGAAGACUGACUACAAGAAUCCUAUAGAUCAAUGCAACACUUUAAAUCCGCUGGUUCUGCCGGAGUAUCUAAUCCACUUCUUCUUCUGCGUGAUGUUUUUCUGUGCGGCUGAGUGGCUCACCCUCUUUCUCAACUUACCUCUGUUGGCUUAUCAUGUCUGGAGGUAUAUGAGCAGACCUGUGAUGAGCUGUCCAGGACUGUACGACCCAACGACCAUCAUGAAUGCCGACAUCCUGGCGUACUGUCAAAAAGAAGGCUGGUGCAAACUGGCUUUCUACCUCCUGUCUUUCUUCUACUAUCUCUAUGGGAUGAUCUAUGUUCUGGUGAGCUCAUAAGUGGGCCAGAGAAGGGUGUGCACAUACAGUCAACAACCAGAUAAUACAAUCUAGUGGUGGAAGGCUGGAUCUGCUGGAGACCACUGCUCAGCAACACAAGAUGCCAUUUCAAGAGGAUGAACUCCACUCCCCUCAACACAGCGCAGUGUCAUUGCAGAAACAUUUAACCUCUUUUAAGACUUUAUCUCAGUCGCAGCGUUUCCCUCAUAGCACUGCAGUUUAAACACUGUUUUUGGAAACCACGAUAAACCUGAACAGGCAACUUUGUCCUUUUUUUUUUUUUUUUUUACUUAGUGGUGUGGUGACUUUUAAUGCUUGGGAUUUAAAUAAAGGUUUUCAUCACAGUUCCCAACCUGAGUGUUUACAGAUUAGUUAGGCUUCCAGGUGCAUUUACCUGUGAGGAUCUAAGAUUUUUUUUUAAAUUGUAUUCCUGCCAGGAGAUUUCUCGUGUUCACGCCCACAGAUAAUUAAACUGAACAUUUUGGGACCGAUGGUGCAGUGAAGGUUGAAGUGCAUGGGCUAUUAUCAUUUAGUAAAACACGGUGCACACAGACAAUCAUUGUCUGGUUGUCUCAAGAUCAGUUUUCAAACUUUCAGAUGUAUCAUUUCCAUACUCGAGGUUUAUCAAAUAUCCCUGUCCAACUCUAGAGGCAGCGUUUCCAUCUGCAUUCAUCCAGACUGUGAACUGUCUUGUAUUUCUGUAGAAUAGCCCUUAAAGCUACCAGUGAAGUGAAAGGUAGACUCAACAGUAAAACAAAAAAAUGUAUUCGGCUUAAAAAAAGCAACAGUACUUUAAUCUGCUGCAGCGUUGUAGGCUUUGGUAGCUUCCUGCUGACGUGCCAUACUGUUGAAUGUACCUUUUGAAAUUCUGUUUUUAUUUGUUCAUUUUGGCACCAAAUAGUCCACAUUGUUAAAAACUCCAGUUUAUUUAUUCCAGCUUUAAUUUCACUCUUUCAAAUCCUUUUUAUUUUAAAGCAGAAUUUCAAGCACUCCGUGUUGUUGCUCAUCUUCAAAUCAAACCUGUCAUAUUUUAGUGUAGAAGCCAUUAGUCCAAAUUGUCUUUAUUUGUAUUUAUUGUCAUUUGACAUGUAAAUUUAUCAGGGAAGAGGAUUAUUUUGUCAAUGACAUUUUAAUGUAUUAGAUCCCAUCACAUCAAAUCUAGGAAAAGAUUUAUUUGAAUCUAAAUAAAACAAUCCCGCUAUAAA